AUAAUACCCCUAUACUUUUUUCAAUAUGAUGCUUAUAAACGAUGACCAAAGUUGUGGGUACCUUCGGGACGGUCAACAAAGGUUCUUCUCCAUUAUGAAAUAUUUUGAUUUAUUUAUGAGACCGCGAUGUCCUGUGUUGUCAUAGUUACCAUAUCCAUGAACAAUGUGUUAUCAGGUUGCUGGGCAGUUACAACAUAACAAUAAAAUUUGACAAUAAUUAAUACUUCUAUUCAGAUCCCUAAAUUCACAUUAAAUAUUCAAUUUAGUGUACUAUAUAACGCUAUCUAAAAAUGGCUGCACUUGAAGUUUCUAUUACUAAUGAUUUGGAAAAAAGAAUUGCAGAGGCUUUUGAAGUGUUCGACCACAGUGGAGAUAAGACUGUAGACGUGAGAGAAGUCGGAACCAUAAUUAGAUCUUUAGGUUGUUGCCCGAGUGAAGCCGAAGUGCAAGAGGUUAUUGUCAGAGUUGAAGACCAGGAGACAUCAGGAAGUGUGCAUCUAGCUCAAUUCUUACCUGUUGUGGCUCAGAUCAUAUCUGAAUACAAAUUACAGCCAGCUUCUCCCGAGGAGCUGUUGAAAGCAUUCCAAACGUUGGACAAGGAAAACAAGGGCUACCUGGAUCGCGAAUUUCUGAGCAAGGCUAUGAUGGAGGAGGGCGAGCCAUUCACCCAGGAGGAGAUUGAUGAGAUGAUGGCUGUGGCUGUCGACCCUGUCAACGGAACCAUUCCUUAUGAGUUCUACAUCAACCAAAUAAUGAUUAAUAUUCAACCAAAUAUCUAUAGUUUGAUUCCGAAAGUAGAAGAGAUUCAUAAACGAAAAUUGGGCGAAGGACUGAUUGAGACUGAUGAAAUAAAUUGAAUGCAUUUCCAUACAUGUAGCAUGCAUCCUGUUUAAAAAUUUUCAUUUUCAAGAGUGGAGGAUGCGAAUGUACAAGCAUCGUUUUCUCAAAAUAAAAUUUACAUUAAUAAAAUGUUAAAUAUAAUUUCAAUAGAAAUAACUAAUUUGAUAUUUCUAUGACUUACGAAUUUAUAUAAGAAGUAAAUAAAAAUAACUGAGGUGUUAUUUCUAUAACUUCCAAAAAAUGUUUAGGUUCUUUUAAUCCAAAUGAAGGUGGAAUAUCUAUGGAUUUGAUAUUGCUUGAAGAUGUACUGAAUAAGUUCAAGUCUGAAACUUUUUCAAAAAAUUGACUUCGAACCAGAGUAAUUGAUCAACGUUAAUAUGAAAUUUUAUUUCCCUUUAUCCGGGAUUUGAAUUUUCAAUUCAAAUAGUAUGCUCUUUAGAUUUACAUCGCUCAAUAAGUUACUUGCUUACUGUACAAAACAUAUAUCAACUUUUCACAAUAAGAAGCCAAUUCAUAUUAAGGAAAAUAAGCUUUUAUUUAUACAAUUCCAACAACGAUAAAAAA